AUGGACUCAUCUUUUCAACGAGCAACAGUCAGUAUGGAUGGGCUUUUGACGGCUAUCAAAACCGUUAAGCAAGAUUCUGAUCAUUCAUUGUCAACCGUUGACUCAAAGCCUCGCAACGAUGCCCUCACAAACCCCAGUGUGAUUGGCCUGGAUGAGGAUUUGACUCCGAUUCAGAUUAUAGAUGUACUAAAAUCACAGCCUUCUUCGGAGCAGAUCUCAGCGAUUUUAGCUGCACUUGAUCCAUUCAACAAGUCCAAAACACUCAAUGUUGACAUUCGAGUUCCUGGUCCUGUAUCAGCUCAGGUCCUCCAAAUUUUAGUCAGCACCACCAUCCCGGACCACUGGGCGGCUGUUGUGGGAAAUGACAAGAAGGUCAGAAGCACAAAAAUCAGGGCCGCCUUAUUGCGUUGCUUGAGCAGUGUUGCUGGUAUCGGUUCUCUUGUGGCUCGCCUUCGAUCUCUCAUCGCAUCUGCCCGAGCAUCUUCCCAGCAAGCCCAAGGCUCAAGUAGCCAUUCUGCUAUUCAAGAUAUCAUAUCUGUUCUUGCUGCCUUGUUGGAGCCCAAGGACUUUUUAUUUCGUCUUUAUGGUGAUAAUCUGUCUCUUUAUGACAAUCACACUAGGCAGAAGGUCUCGUGGAACGAACUUGUGUCUCUUGUCGCCUCUGGCAAGAUCGUGUCCACCGCAGCAGAAGCGCUUACUGUGGCUGAUCAAAUCCAAUUAUCUUCAAUCACCUGGGUUGGAGAUGGCCGUCGCUAUGCGUCAUGGCUUGGUGCAAACAUCUCCCACUUCAUCUCAAAGCUUGAUACUAAUGACGAAGGCGGCUGGUCUUUUGUCGCCUCAUUCACGGAGCGAGCUCUCAGCCUGGGUUAUUCAUCUUCCUUGAUUCCGGAGAUAUAUACAAGUCUUCUCCGUGAUCAGUCAUUCUCCACAAGAUUCUGUUUGUUUGUUGAUAAGCUCAGGCUAUCAGCACAGCUCACUAUCCUUCAACUCAUACUCAUGGAUUUACCCAUCAGAUAUCCAUCGAUUCGCCUAUGCAAUUACCCUAACGACUCAGAUGCAUGCACCGAUGUUGUUAAUGGAGCAGCAACUUUGUUGUUCAUAAUCAUUGGGGAUCGACCACAUUUUAAGGAAGAGAUCACAGACUGGCUCGCAAAAGGCCGAUUUGCGGCAGCAUUUCCAGUUGGUGUUAACCGAACUAUCUUAGCGACUUACGAUAAUGAAAACGAUGCACUUAAAAAUUUGAUAAUUCGCGGCCUUGAGCACUUUGGUGAUAAGUUCGCUAUCAAUCACAAUAGUGACCGCGAACACGAAGUAGCCAAUGCUCAAAUUAUUCUCUUGGCUGCAGGCCGUCUUAGUCGACUUGAUCCCUCUCAAAUCAAAGAGGUCGGUCGCUCAGCAGCCUUUUUGAAUGCAAUCUCCAAUCGACUUGCCGCAUCUUCUAAUAGAGCACGCUUCAUGGGCAUGAUCGUUGGAACGGGCAUGUCUGAGCUUGUGGAGGAGCCUGGGAAGUCAAUGAAGUUCGACCUUGAAGAGAUGCAGAGCGCAGAAACCAAAUGGUAUCUGAGCCUGAUUAAAUCUCGAGAUGACGUUGGACCUUUUGAGUCUAUGAAGUCUCUUUUAAGGGCAGACGAGUCCUUAUCUUCUCCCCCGAAGGCUAAGAAACCUAAACCGAUUUCGCGUCCCCAAAGGAUAGUAGAGGUUAUCAGCGAUGAUGAAGAUGAGGGUGAUGAGCCAGAAGAUGAGGAUCUCAUUCCGUAUGAGAAGCCCGACGAUGAUGCAGAGGAUGAUGAUGAGGAUGCAACGCUAGUUCAACGAAACAAGCCAACAGCACCUGUGUACAUCCGUGACCUAGUCACAUGUCUCCGAGACAACGAAAAUGUCGAGCGUUAUCACCUCGCUAUCACCACAGCACCGAGUCUGAUCCGCCGUAAGAUCGGAUUUGGCAGCGAGCUUGCCGAGCAUGUCGAGGAGCUAGCCCUAACAAUUGUCGGUCUCCAGAACGACAGCAAUCAUCCGCAAUUCCAUGAAGCACGGCUCCAGAGUAUGAUUGCCUUGAUCGUCUCCCAGCCUCUCAAAAUGGGCCGCUGGUUCGCAGCGUUCUUCUUUGAAGGCGACCUGUCCCAGGUUCAGCGAUCCGCCGUGCUCACGGCCCUGGGUCUCAGCGCUCGCGAAAUCUCCGGAAAUGGAGAGGACGAUGCCAAAGCAUUAGGCCUUCCUGCCUUACAGGAUACUUCAUUCCCAUCUAAACGCCUUGCGCCAGCAUUGGAUGCCAUGUUCCAAGAGUCCAAGGAUUCUCCCAUCGCAGCACUCACCAGAGAAAUGUCCAAAGCAUCGCUGCAGCCGAUGGCGGCUAAUGCAGCUGAUGCAAUAACAGGACCAAAUGCACUCAAAGUGCGCACUUUUUCGACCCGCAUGGAAGUUGAGAAGAAGCGCCAACAGCGCGAUGCGCAGCGGCAGAAGUCAGUUGCGAAGGAUUUUUAUAAGGUUCUUGCUGAGGGCUUCUUCUACCCUCUUACCAACCGAUUCACCGUGAUGAUGCUCCAAUUCUCCUCCUCAUCGGUGUCAUCUCACAACCCGUUCAUGAUCCCCCAUAUUCUCACCCUCUUUCUUCAAACUCUCUCCCUUAUUCUUACUACCUCCGGUCCACAUUCUACAUUCUUGCCAGGUCUUACCCACGACACCCUCUCGCUACUCUUGUCGUUACACACAAGUCCCAUUUCCAAUGAUCCGACAGUCACUGCUGCACUUCUUACCCUGUUUCUCGCAGCCAUAGACUUGAACAUUGCCUCGGGAUCGAACGGUGAAGAGCGCCUUGUCACGGAGUGCGCGAAUCAGGUGAUUGAAUUGCGCGAGUGGGCUUCUCAGGUGUUCGAUAACACACCUGCUGCUCCAGGUAGAACAAGCUCCAACGCGCCUGUCGAUACACAGGAUCAGGUACGGACUCUAGCUGCUGGUGUAAUGAUUCGGAUUGGAGAAAUCACGGAACGAUACCAGGGCCGCUUGAUGGGAGUUAAUGCCGGAUUUAAGUAUUGA